UCGUCCAAUAGUUACAACCUGUCCUGGCGGACUCAAACUAUUUUGUGCAAUAGUUACAGUCUGUCCUCUCGAAUUCAAACCAUUUUGUCCAAUAGUUACAGUCUGUCCUCUCGAAUUCAAACUAUUUUGUCCAAUAGUUACAGUCUGUCCUUUCGGACUUAA